UUCGCAUUUUCACUGUUUUUCUUUCCAAUUAUUUAGAAAAAAAAAUGAUUGACAUUUUGUAGGAUUAAAAAUUAUUUAACGGAUUUAAACUUUAGCCUGUAUAUUACAUCGGCAUGAUAUGUUAAUCAUCACACACCAGGGAAAAUCAAUAGAUUUCUCCCUACACCCCGCGAUGUUCUACACUAGGUAUCAAAUUGAAUAUUAGCACUGCUGCUGCAGAUAUGAUUUUACUCGAAAUCAGUGAUUCUAUAGAGAGGAUCAUUGUUAACAUGGAGAACUGGAAAUUCUUAUUCUGUUAAACUGGGUGCUGGUUAUGUGUUCCUCCUAUGGUGCAUUACAGAAAAGGGUCAUUUUCAAGAGGGAAAUAAACUUUAAAGCCAUGUUACCAGAACCAUUUUGAACCGCCUCUAAGCGAUUCAGACUUCCGGACAAACCGUUUAUAAACUUAACUUUCUUUUAGUUUUAUUUUAUAUACAUCACGAGGCAGAGAGAAUCAAGAAGGUUGUUGUUGUUUUUUGUCAAGACCAAUAAAAUGCAGAAUUCAACAAACUUAACGGACGAUGAAGAGUAUAAGGAUUUUUACGAGACUUCACAAUUUAUCUGUGGAAUGAUACUCUAUCCUGUGAUUUGCAUACCCGGACUUGUCGGAAAUGCACUUUCUUUAAUUGUGUUGUCCAUGAAAAACAUGAAGACCUCUACAAAUGCUUUCCUUGCCGCCCUUGCGAUUUCAGAUUCUAUUAAACUUAUCAACGACCUGAUUUAUUUCAUUGUUUUAGUUCUACAAAGGACAAACCCAGCAGCCGCCAUAAUCGCAUAUGUCAAUAUCUAUCCAUCUGCUCAUUUUAUUUUUAAUAUUUCUACUUGCGUAUCCUCUUGGUUGACAGUCUCCGUUGCAACUGAAAGAUUUAUACUUGUUUGUUAUCCAAUAAAAGCAAAGACUAUGUGCACGCGAUUACGAGCCAUUGUUAUUAGCUGUGUAAUUUAUUUGGUGAUGAUUUCUAUUUCUUUGCCUUGUGCAUUUCGAUAUGAAAAAACGGUCAAAAUUGUAGACAAUAUAACGGAGUUGGAUUUGAACGUUACGGAAUUGUGGAGAAACGAGGAUUUCAAGAUGUAUUACACGUGGUCAUUGAACUUUCUGAGAAGUAACAUUGUUUUGAUAAUUCUCAUUAUACUCAAUGCAUGUAUUAUUUUUUCCCUUCGGAAAGUGCGAGCAAAUAAGAAAAAUACCCAAAGGAACAGAAUUACAUUAAUGAUGAUCGUGGUCAUUAUGGUGUUUGUGAUUUGUAUUCUUCCGGACGCCAUUAUGUCCGUCCUUGGGUUAGGUUACCACGAGGGGACGUAUCUCGAAAGGGGGAUACGAGAGUUUUCAGACACUCUACUGACGAUAAAUGCCGCAGUAAACUUUCUUAUAUACUGUGUAUUCAGCAGAACUUUCCGUCAAAAUUUUAUGAUUCUCUUGCCGCACUGUCCUUUUAAGAAUCCGGAUAAUGGUAAACAAGCCUCUUACAAGAUCGUGGCUGCUAAAGAAACGACCGUCCAAGACGCUCAAUCGGUGUGAGAAAUCAAUGUUGAUUUUACUGGAAGAAAUAUUUCUGCCUUACGUGGACUCAUAGUCAAGCACUAAUUAGUGUUCUUGAUUUGAAUUGGUGCUCAUUGUGGCAUUAUGCAAGGAGGAAACAAAGACAAAGUAUAUUGAACUCUCCUCGUAGUUCAAACAUUCAAGCAUGUAUCUUUUAUUAAAGAUGUUAUCAGGAUCAGUUAUUUGGUCUUCGUUCAUUAAAUGUUUUAUUGAGA